AUGGAGACUUGCCCGGCAGCCGCCAUUGUUGUUGAGGGCGUCGUGGUGCGUGUGGAGGAUGUUCGUCAGGUUGAUCGAGCAGCCGGUGAUUCUGUCUCAGUUCUGUCUUUCCUUCUUGCGGACGCAACGGGGGUGAUCGCUGUGGAGGUUUGGGGCAACGAUGCUUCCAGACUUGCCGGGGAGUUGGACAGGGCUAUUGCGGCGGCGGACUCUGCAGAGAACGGGCCACUGUUCGCCGGCUUUCGGCUUACUCAGGCCAACAUUGCGUCUCCUGGACAUUCGUACCAUGCUUUGAAAAUGCUGAAGGUGGGCAGGUCGACCCGAGUGGAAUCGCUAGGGCCUAGAAAUGCGGACGCGGUGCCGUGGGCAGCUUUGCCAGCCGUGACAAACCUCACCUUGCUGCGCUCGUGCUCGCUUCCGAUUCUCGUGUCGGAACUUGGUCUGCAAGGAGUCGUAUGUAGCAGCGCGAAGUGGAAAAGCAGCCCGGCAGCAGCUGACGAUAGAGAACGGAACCGAGGCGUUAUGUGGGUGAUCUUCAAGAUGAACGAGCGCUUGGACCAGCACAAAGGCCGUGCAGGGGCCCAGUGUGCUUACAAUCGGUUGAAGACGGCGCUUUCAGCAGAAGAUGUUGCGUGUGUGGACCGCGUCACUGCUGCGGGCCCCGACCGCAUCAAGUUCUUCUUGAAGAAUGAGGGCGAAGCCGAGAGCGUGACACCGGUCGGUCCAUCUUCUCGGGCUUCUACUGCGUUUGCUGAAACUGCAGAGCUUGUCGACAAGGGGUUCACGAUCACUGUGCAUCUGACACGCCCGCUGGACAUUGCUUCGGUAGAGGCUGCCAAGCAGCGUUUGAAGCACAGCAUGGGCGAGCUCUUUUCGGAGAUUUACAAGGUCAUGUUGCCAGGGCCUGAUGAGACGACGGCCAUUGAUGUGCGCUUCCGUAGCACAGAUGUGCGGGACGAUGUGAUUGCACACCUGCAGGAAGAGUUGGGACCGGUGUCUCUCUGGACUGACAGCCAGCACGAGAAGAGGGUGCAGCAGGAUCAGAACUAUCGGGCUCGCAUGGAAGCGGCUGCAGGCGGUCUUGUGUCGGCUCGGGAAGCGUUGCCCGCGCUGGACCGAUGGGUGCAGAACCUCGCUGGUGGGAAACGUAAGCAUCUCCGUGCGGCAUCACGCAAAGCUGUGGAGGUAGUGCACGUGGGUCAGGCAGCCGCGUGUGAAGCACGCAAGAAGCGUCGUGUUGAGUCUUCUGAAGAUGAAGACGAGCCGGAAGCAUUGCCCUAG